AUGGAUGACUGGGACACCGCCACCAAGAUCGGCUCCAAGGCCCGCGGCGGAGGCGUGCAGAGAGAGACCGUCAUCAAGGGAAAGAGCGCCCUCAACGCCGCUCAGCGCAGCGGUUCCGUCAUUGGAACGGAGAAGAAGUACGCCGCUGGCAAUGCUGCCACCAAGCCCGGCGUCGAAGGCCAGCGCCUCACAAAGGUCGACCGCUCCGACGACAUCAUCAAGCCCAACACGGUCGGCAAGGAGGUCGGCGACGCAAUCUCCCAGACGCGCCAAAAGAUGGAGCCCAAGAUGACCCAGAAGGACCUCGCCACAAAGUGCAACACCACCCAGUCCAUCGUCGCCGACUUUGAGCGCGGCAGCGCCACCCCCGACCAGAAGAUCCUGUCGGCCAUGGAGCGCGUCCUCAACGUCAAGCUGCGCGGCGCCAACAUUGGCGAGCCGCGCUUCGCCAAGAAGAAAUGA